UCGUAUAGUAGGCAGUCAAAGAAUAGGUAACCCGAACAUCAACACCCCAAAGCCCAAUAGCUCCACCAACCAACUAAAAGCUUCAUUCGGGCUCUUACCCUCAUUAGUUUCGUAGCUAUCCCGAUGUGGUAUAGGUAGUGACCGAGUGUACCGCACCAUCGUUGUGGACGAUCAAAGGGAUAUCGAUAUCCUUACACUACAGGGAGUGGAGGAACUAAGCAAACCGGAGCUCUUUGAACCGCAAGUCGUAUUUAAAGUCGAAGGGAACCGGAUUUAAACCUUUCCACAGCCCUACUCACGGUUGCGCAUAUUAUAUUACUUAUCUAGCCUAAAGGAAGUGACAUCAUGGCCGCGAAACAGACCGUACAAGUUGCACAUUUGGCAGCCCAGGUUGGGUAUGCCAUUUCGAACGACAAAUUGGAUCUGUCAAAGCCAACAUGGGUGCUUAUAAACUCUUUGUGCACUUCGGUCGAGUUCUAUCGUCCCUUGUUCGAAAGCAAAACAUUGGCAAAUGUUGUGAACUUGGUGGCCAUCGAGCCGCUUGGGCAUGGCGCAACAACAUGCGCGACGGAACACUUUAAUUACUGGGACACUGCCCUCGCCGCGUUGCAGGCUCUUGAAGCUUUGGGUGUGAAGAAAGCCUAUGCCCUUGGAACCAGCCAGGGUGGUUGGAUUGUUGUGAAGAUGGCAUUACUGGCGCCGGAGAAGAUCCUGGGUCUCAUUCCUCUUGGCACUUCGAUGGACGCUGAAACUAGCGAGACCCGCGAGAAGGGCUGUUGGGAUCCAGUCUCAUUCCUACAGCCGAUCCUUGAGUCGUGGCGUAACCCUAACCCAGACUUCAUUGUCGGUGAUGAAUGGAUCCAAGCUGUGAUGGGACAAGGCUUCGGAUCCGCGGCCACCCCUCAACUCCUCGAAUUUUGGAGCGGAGCCCUUCGUCGCAUCUACUCGGGGAAUGACGGACGCCAGAGACUACGUAUGGCUGUUAUCUGCCUGGCGUCUAGAGACAGUCUGCUACUUAGAAUAGACGAUAUCAAGUGCCCCGUUCAUUGGCUACACGGAUCGGCCGACACGGUCUACACGACUGCCGUGGCGGAGGAGCAUUCCAAACUAUUCACUGGUUCGAGCGACGUCCAGUUUGAUAUAAUAGAGGGCGGCUCUCACUUCUUAAGUGCGACAAAUCCUAAGGAGGUCGAGGAAGCCAUUCUGGCCAUGACUUCGAAAGCCUAGGUUAACUGCCCAGGUUACUGGAAAAUGCGAGCUUGAUGUAUACUAAGACUUUCAUUUAUAAUCGAGUCAGUUGGUCUAGAAAGGUAUUGCUGUGACAGGUAGGUACGG